GAAACCGAGUGGGUGGAUCUUACCCUAUCGCUAUAAAUACGUUGCGUCUCCUUACCAGAUUCUUCCCUUCUCUUCUCUUCCCUCCGAAUCAGAAGCGUGUUUUCCUCUCCACCAGGAACAAUACUUUCACCCCCAAAGGGGCUGCCUUCCCCUGAUCUGCCUACACCUUCGAUUCGCCUGCAGCAGGUAGGCUUUUUGAGAAUUGAUAACGAUUUUUCAUAUGGCUGCUACUGCGACCGAGACAGCAGCGACACCUACUGCUGCUCCACGUUACGCUCCAGAGGACCCCACCCUUCCUAAACCUUGGAAAGGGUUAGUUGACGGUACAACUGGAUAUCUCUACUAUUGGAACCCAGAGACCAAUGUUACUCAAUAUGAGCGGCCCUCAGGGUCUAAGGGCUCUUCUCAACCACACAAAUCGUCUUCAGUGGCCAUAAGUUCUGCAGUUCAGGUGCAAAAGUCUUCACAUCAAGAGAAUGGCUCUGUCGAUGAUUAUAGAUACGGUAGAAGCAGCAAUGGUGGAUCAAAGCAUUCAUCUGGAACAAGAGGCUACGAUAGUACAAGAAGCGGGUCCCAUAAUUCACACAGCCAUUCAAGCGGGACAGUAGCUGCGGGACCCGGAGGAACUUCAGGACGACCUUAUGGGCCUUCAGUUGGAAGUGGUUUAUCCCCAGAUGCUUAUCGCCAGCAGCAUGAGAUAACUGUAACUGGAGACAAUGUGCCUCCACCUUUUACAUCAUUUGAAGAUACCGGGUUUCCAUCUGAGUUACUUAGAGAGGUACUUGAGGCUGGGUUUACAGCCCCGACUCCAAUACAAGCACAGUCAUGGCCUGUUGCCCUUCAAAGUCGUGACAUUGUAGCCAUUGCAAAAACGGGGUCAGGAAAAACCUUGGGUUACUUGAUUCCUGCAUUUAUUCACCUUAAAAGAGUUCACAAGAAUCGUCAAAUGGGUCCCACUGUUUUGGUUUUAUCACCCACCAGAGAAUUAGCUACCCAGAUACAAGCUGAAGCCGUCAAGUUUGGAAGAUCAUCAAAGAUACUGUGCACUUGUUUGUAUGGAGGAGCACCGAAGGGCCCCCAGCUAAGAGAAUUAGAUCGCGGGACGGAUAUUGUGGUUGCAACACCUGGUCGUUUGAACGAUAUUUUGGAGAUGAGAAGACUAAGCUUAAGUCAAGUUACGUUUUUGGUGUUGGAUGAAGCUGAUCGGAUGUUGGACAUGGGAUUUGAACCUCAGAUCAGGAAAAUUGUUAAGGAGGUGCCAGCUCGCCGUCAGACACUUAUGUACACCGCCACUUGGCCAAAGGAGGUCCGCAAAAUAGCUGCAGAUUUGUUGGUUAAUCCAAUUCAGGUCAACAUUGGCAAUGUCGACGAGCUUGUUGCCAACAAGGCUAUCACUCAGCAUAUUGAGGUUUUGGCUCCAAUGGAGAAAAACAGACGGUUGGAACUAAUCUUAAGAUCUCAAGAACCGAGAUCGAAGGUCAUCAUCUUCUGCUCAACCAAAAAGAUGUGUGAUCAGCUGGCUCGCAGCUUGACCCGUCAAUUUGCUGCCGCUGCUAUCCAUGGAGACAAAUCUCAGGGUGAAAGAGAUUACGUGUUGAAUCAGUUUCGCAGUGGCCGCUCUCCUGUGCUUGUAGCAACUGAUGUUGCUGCUCGUGGAUUAGAUAUCAAGGACAUCAGGGUGGUGGUCAAUUACGACUUUCCUACGGGAGUGGAGGACUACGUGCACCGAAUCGGAAGGACCGGGAGGGCAGGUGCGACCGGAGAGGCUUAUACGUUUUUCACAGAACAGGACGCAAAACAUGCUUCUGAUCUAGUCAAAGUAUUGGAAGGUGCAAAUCAACGUGUUCCGAAGGAACUUCGAGACAUGGCGGCACGUAGCGGUGGGAUGGGCGGCCGGUCUAGACGUUGGGGCUCUGGUCCGAGUUACGGAAGUCGUGAUGGAGGUCGUGGAGGACGGUCCGAUUCAAGCUUUGGUGGAAGGAGUAGCGGCGGAGGUCGUGGAGGACGCUCUGAUUCAAGCUUUGGUGGAAGGAGUAGUUGGAACUCCGGGAGGGGUGGAGCCCAUGACAGCAAUAGGGGUGGUUACAAUCAUAGGAGCUUCCAUGAAAGCAUUGCGGGUGCUGGAGAGAAGCGAGGCAGGAGCAGAAGUCCACCUGGCAAAUACGGUUCAGGAUGGGGUAGGGGCAGUCGUAGCCGCAGCCCUGAGAGGUUUGAUAAGCCACCUAGAUCAAACGGCCCUCGUUUUCGUCCUUCUGAUGAAGAUGAGGAAGGCCUGAUCCGGGAUUAAGCUCUGAUGAUGGCUUGCCAUUUAUUAUUUUUUUGGGUCAACGAACAUGGUUUUGGAAGUAGGAGACCCUAUUUUAGGCAUCUGAUUUCAGACGAAGUGUAGAUGGUUUGUGUUGUUUAGUGUAUUCUAAAUUUGUUUGUUGUUUUGUACUAUUUUUUAAAAAUUGUUUGUUAAAACAAACUUAUAAAUGUAAAACUGAGGAACACAUUCUAGUAAUGGUCUUAUUUUUGUCCAUUUUCGCUAUUAAAGAUGGCGUUUUAAA